AUGGCAAAUCAUAAGGGUGUGGUCACCCAGCGCACCUGGCGCCGCAUCCUGGAGCACCUAGCCCCAAAUAAAGGGUUCAAAGAUAUCCAGAGGGAAAUCAGCUGGUACCGCGGACUAUCCCAAUCCCAGAUGGCGGCAGCUCACAGCUUAUCGGAUAUCUUAAGGGACAACUUGGAUAAGAAUUUGGCCCCCCAGGUCGCGAAGAUAUUGAGGAAAUUGGGAUUACAUCCCGCCCCGUCGUUGGAAACGCUUAACCUGGUGAUCAAGCUGAGCCGGGGCAAUGAUCUGGCCUUCCUCUGGUUCCUCAUGGAAAUGUGCUACAAGACACCGAACCACGGAGUGAUCUAUAGUGUCAACGAACAGAUCAUCUUGUCGGUAAUCUUUCGCUUGGAUUUGUUUCCCACUCUGAGGGAACUGGAUCGCUGGCUUCCGUUGCCACAUUCCUCUCAAUCGGAUAGAGACAAGGCCGAGGCCUUAAGGCAAAGAAACCAAAGAUUGAAGAGCGAAAGGGAGGAGGAACGCCAGAAAGAGUUGGCCAGGAAGGCAAAGAUCACAACACCUCUGACUCCUUACUUUCAAGAACCGAAGAUUGGCGGGCAACUGCGAAACGAACGUAGAUUGCUGUCCGAUUAUCCCGAUACUCCAGCCUCCCUUCUCGAAAUGGAUGAGGAACCCCUCGAGUCCUAUCUUUGGACCCGCUGGUUUGGCUCCUACAGCUUGAACGAGGCCAAUCGAGUGGGUAAGUCCAUAGUCUUCCAGGAGAUCAACAGCAUCUUCGAGUCCUUUAAGGCGGCCUCACUGCCACCCCGCGAUGUGGAGUUCCUGUGUGCCCAUCAUCAGUACAUCCGGGAGAUGGAAAACUCCCUGAAAGUCCAGCUGAAAAUGGUAAAGAAAAGGAAGUGCGAAGAGCUCAUAUUUGCCAAAAAUCGGUUGGAGGAAAGGAGGCGAAAGCGCGUGAUUCAGGAGCUCGAAGAAAUGAGCGCCUGUUAUCUGAAGCGGUUCCAGGACAUGGCUGCCAGGGCCAGAUUGGCCUCCACCAGGAAGCAACUCUUUGGAGGCAGUUCCGCUAGGUCAUUUACCUUUGGUUGCCCGGAAAACGAAACUAAAUGCGAUGAUUUCGAGAAAGAAAGGUGCCAGACCUUCGAGGAAGGAAGGUGCCAGACCUUCGAGGCAGACAGGCCACCAGAGGAGCCUAUCAUAAAGAUACAUGGAGGCAGGAGUAGAUCCAGAAGCAGCAUAAGGUUAACCGGUGGAGCAGAGUCUAGAACCAAAUCUAAAGGGAGGUCUAGAUCCAGGUCUUCUAGCAGGUCCAGAAAACGUAAAAGGCAACCUACCAAAGAACCCGUUCUAAUGAAGGAGGAACCCAUACCCACACCCACUCCCAUACCCAUACCACCACAACGAAAAGUAAAGAGCGAAUUCCAGGACAUAAUGGUCAGGUUAUUAAAGGGGAAUAUACCCAUCUUACAAGGCUGUCCUGACUUUAAGCCAGAACCAGUAAGCUGCGCCAAGUGCCACAUCUACAAUCCCCAAGAGGGAUUACCCCAGAAGCGAACUCAAAAGCAUCGUCCCAGCAGCCUGAUGCAGUUUCUCGAAUUAUGCAGCAAUAAGGGGGAUGAGAAGGAGGAGUUGGAUCCCGACGAGGAUUCAAGUCCUUCUUCUCAUCCCGAACCCAAGAAGAGUGUUCAGAUCGUGGAGUUGGGAUUUCCGGGAAGCAAUCACGUGAAGUUUAACUAUCGUGAGUUGUUUGGCUCGCUGCAUAGGACUCAUUUGGACGACGAAAAGGUGCGUCUGAAGGAGGCCUUUGUGCGGGCCAUCGACGACGAUGUCCAGUACCUCAGCGCUGCCUUAAAUGGGGAGGAAGAGGGUUCCCUAGAUGCACUGGUGGACAGAGCAGCAAAGCGGGUAUUUGCCGAGGAUGUGAAGACCUUUCACAAGGAGCUGGAAAAGUUACGGCGGAAAAGAGAUGAAGAGGUGUUAGAGAAAAAAGAGUAUCGUUUGAAUUUCGGUCAGGAGUUCUACGAUCCUGAAAAUAUUCCUCUAAUGAAGGAGAUGCUCAGGCUGGGUCUGGAAAAGGUGGCCCAGGACAAGAGGUACGUGUUGCCCACCCUGCCCGAUGUCCAUUGUGUACCCUACCUCAUCGAAUGGAUACGUUUGCGUUACGGGAAACGCUACUCCUUUAAGGAAAAGGAGAGGAUUUUGGCCAAGGAUAAGAAAGUCAUGGAACACUUAGGGUGGGUGAUGCGGACGAAGCUGGUGAAUAUACCAUCUCUUAGCAUUGGAGACAACUUGAAUGACAUCACCAAGCUGAGGCAGUUGGGCAAAAAACACAGGCACCGCCAUACCAACAGAUUCCACGAAGCCAUCAUGGAGGUGGAAAGGGUCUUCUACUCGGCCAUGAAACCCCAUCUCUGCAACCUGCCGACAGAGUCCACCUUCCUAGCCUACUUGCCCGCCCAAUUCCACGACCUGGGCUUCACUGUCCAUAACGAGAGCGGGGUAAAGGGAGUUUGCUAUUAACCGGCCACUUGUGAAAUAAAGACGCUUUUCCCGGAA